AUGUCGACCCCGAACCCGCGUGGCCGUCAGUCACCGCGCAAUUCGGGUGCUGGCACUCACACUCCGUCUGGAGACACAAAAGUGACAGGGCUGCAGCGACUCCCGAGCCAUACACGAUACCCACUCACGCCCAGCCGCCUCGUCACUACAGCUACUCCAUCUGCUCAAAGAUCUGCUUCUCGAUUUACUCCCCGGGCACGGGCUACAGGGGCCCCAGCAACUCCGUAUGGACUUCGCGCACGACAGCAACGUGCUACAAACACUCCUGGCCGUGACCGCCGACGAAGUGGCAAGGUGCAGCGAGAGACGACGUUUGAUAUCCUAAGAAAUCUUGGCAGAGCGCUUGCGCCUGUGUCUCGCCCGAUUCAAUCGUCACCGCAAGAAGCACCGCAACCCAUCGAGGAGCCUAAAGAUGAAAUUGAGGAGCUCGAUAAUGAGCCGGUGAUUGAGCCGCCACGCCUUUCUUUGCCUAUUCAGGAGAGUGAGGAUGGGAGCGAGGAAGCGGGCUCUGACACUCCGCCACCUCGGAUGUCUUUAGCUUUCGAUGAUGAUGAUAUCACAUAUCGGUCUGUUGAAUAUCCUCGGGAUCUUGCAAUACGAGAUCGGGAACGACUUUCUAUGAUGCCCGGAAGGCCUAGUGAGAAUUUCGGGGGUAUACAAUUAGAAAGUGACUCCGAUGAUGGAGAUGAUACGGGUAUUGUGGGUGACUAUGAUGGCCAUGAGGAUACGAUGAUUAGUAGAGGCGAUUUUGACCAAGGUGGAGAGACGGAGGAUCUCGGCCGGUUCCAUUUUGAUCUCGAUUUUCCAUCUCCGCCUCCAGCCCCAAUUGAGGACACAGAGGAUGAGCAUUUGGGCGACAUGGACGGAUUCGAGUUGUCGGCACCGGAUAUUCAGCCCAUUGCCCGCUCAUCUUCAGAUGAUGAUGCCGGCGGUGAUUUUAUGGGCUUUGACGGCUUCGAUGUUGCACAGCCUGCUUCCCGAAGCCAGAGUCCCGGUAUGAUUGGCGGAGGCUUGCGAGACGAAGGACUGCCUCUGCAGAGCAAGGAGAAGAAGCUUUCUCGAUAUGGGAUCCCUGUUCCAAACUUACCUACUGGUGUGGUCAAGAAGCUAGCUACACGUUUUGCGCGCACCAAAGCAGGAUCGAAAACGAGACUCAACAAAUCUGCAAUGGCUGCCAUUGAGCAGGCAUCUUCGUGGUUCUUUGAGCAAGCGAGUACAGACUUGGCAGGAUAUUCCAAGCAUGCGGGACGAAAGACAAUUGACGAAAGUGAUGUGACAAUGCUCAUGAGAAGACAACGUCAUAUCAACAACUCGACAACCAUGUUUUCCUUGGCGCAAAAAUAUUUGCCCAAGGAGCUUCAGCAGGAUAUGAGGCUAGCUAUGCCGCCGUGA